CACAACAGCUUGCGCAAGUGGGGCCAUAUGGACGUGCGCCCUCUGGCUGGCCACUCGUGGCUCAGUGGUCAUCAGGUCGCGGCCCACAAGUUUGGGAUCCCUGUUUUAAGGCUAACCUGCAUUUCGGAUUUUGUUCUUGGCACAGAAAUUGGUCAAGGCGAUAUCCCGUCCUUCUACACGUACGAGGAAGGCUUGUCGCGUUUAACAGCUGAGGGUCAGGCGACUUUGGAAAGGCUGGAGGGCAUGCUGGCCCAGUCCAUAAGCACUCAGUACCACAUGGCUGGGGUGCGAACGGAAGAUACUCUGAGGGACUUUGAAGAUGGAAUGGAAGUUGACGCGGCCCCAGUAGUUACGGGACAGUUUGAAGAUGCCGAUGUUGAUCAUUAAAGGAAGAUUCUCUUGGCCGCUUCAAAGCAAGAUUCCCCAAGACGGACCAGGUUACAAGAAUGAACAGAGUUCCUCUUAUUAGACCCAAACACGAAGACUGUAAAUGGUUUUGUAGCUGUGCUUAUAAAACAUGAUUUGACUUUUUUUUGCAUGCACAUAGAUGCAACACACACACACAGAGGAGGGGAAGUUAUAUCUUGGCUCUGAUUGGAGAAUUAAUUAUGGCUUGCAAUUGGAGAGCCCUUACACGAUAUAGUAGAGCAGGGAAGUCCAAUUUCAACAAAUUGUUAAGACGAGUGGACUUCAACUCCCAGAGUUCCCCAGCCAGCCUGACAUGCUGGGGAAUUCUGGGAGUCGAAAGUCCCAAAGUCUUAAAAUUCUGGGACUUGAAGUCCACAAAUCUUAAAAAGUUGCCAAGGUUGGACACGCUUGUAGGUACUAGAGGGUAAGGAAUAAAAUUGUAAUUUAGAACAGAAAUUCUACAGCAGUGUUUCUCAACCUUGGAAGCUUGAAGAUGGAUGGACUUCAACUCCCAGAAUCCCCCAGCCAGCGCUGCUGGCUGGGGGAUUCUGGGAGUUGAAGUCCAUCCAUCUUCAAGCUACCAAGGUUGAGAAACACUGUUCUAGAGGGUUCCAGGGGUCGUUCCCGUAUGUUUUAAUGCUUGUUUGUCUAUAGCCAGGUUCACACAAUAGGAAUCUUACUAUUCUAUUAUCAAAGGUGGCUAGAGUUAACAACAGAGGUAUAAAGUCGAGGAAAUUGCGGGGACCCUGCAAAGAAUUGACUCCCGUCUUCUCCGAGAAUCUCGUAUAUAAUGUUUCUAGGAGUCCGUUUUUGGCACCGAAGCAGACGGUUCUGCGCUCCAGAUUAAAAAAAAACCUUUUUGUUAUUUCUGCUAUAAAUGAAAAUGAUGUAGUUCAAUAAAGAUGAUUUUUGUAUCUUA